AUGUUUGGCAUACGAGUGGAUAUAAGUUAUGCUGUAGGAGUGAGAGCUGGAAUACAUAUGUUUGGUGGAAUACAGAAGCUAGCAAGUGAAAUUGAUGCUCAGAAUUUCCCAUCAAUCCCACGUCAUGCUCAUGCUAUCGUUAUUUUAUUAACUUUCGCUAAGAUUUUAUGUGAAUCAAUUGAGGAUUUAAACACAAGUUUAGAAAUUGACUCAGCUAACGCAGAGGCAUUAUAUCUUCAUGGAGAAGAUUAUAUGUAUACAGAUCAGUAG